AUGAAAGCUUUGAUUUUAUUGGUUUUAGCUUUGAGUGCCUUUGCAUUCACUGAGUAAAUGAUGUCUUUGGAAGAAUUAGCAAAUUUUAAUGUAAAAACAAUGGAUUGCUCAAGAUCUGAUUAAUUUUCUUUUGUAGAAAAAUAAAUGAAGCAAUGGGAAGAUUUGUUAGUUCAUCAAAAAGCUGUUUCUCAUGAUAUUAAGAUCCUUGAAUAAAUGGAAAAAAUGUUAACAACAAAACAUCAUUCUUUCUUAGAAGCAUAAGUCUCAGUUUCAGGAAAGAAGUUGCUAAAAAAAUUACACAAAUUAGAAUUACCCCUCACAAAAAGCCAAAUUGGUCUCAGUCAAGUAAAAGUCUUAAGGGAAUAAUGCCAUGCCUUAGAUUCUGAAAGUAAGUAUAAAUAAAAUAAUUAUAUAGAUCAUGAGGAUAGAGCAGCUGCUAAAAAGGAAUUAUGCAAAUUAUUGAGAGAAUAUAUUAACAGUCUUAAUAAUUGUAAAUAACAAUGCAGAAGCACUCCAAUUACAGUCAUCAAGAUUAAAGGAUAAAUUAAAGAUCUCGAAAUAAUAAGAGGAGGAUGUGCAAGUAACGGAGCUUAAACUGGUGUUAAGGUUACAUCUUAAGAUGAUGAAACUCAUGAAAUUACUAUUCAUCAUCAUCAUAAAGGAUAAACCUCCACCGAAACUACUUAAGCAGCUGGCUCAAGUAUUUCAGAAUCAAAAGCAAAAGCAGAAUCACAAGAAAGCUAAUCAGAUUCAUCAAGCUAAGAUUCAUCCUCAAAUGAAUAAACUUCAAAUGCUGAAACAGGAGAAGCAGGAGAAGAAGAAGUUGCAGAAGAAACUACUGAAACAGCUGAUGAAACUACUCAAGGAGAAGAAAAAGCAGCAGAAGAGACAACCUAAGAAACAGAUGAAAAAGGAGAAGAAACAACAGAAGAGACAGUAGAGGAGACAUAAGAGGAGACAACAGAAGAAACUACAGAAGAAAUAACUGAAGAAACAACAGAGGGUGAAGUAACAGAAUGAU